AUGGCCAAUAUAAACACAGAUGAGUCCAAAACUACUAAAAGUUGUGCGAAAUGUACCCGCAAAGAUGAUAGUAAUAUGGUGUGCUGCGAUUCAUGUGAUGCUUGGGAGCACUACGAAUGUGCGGGAGUAAGCGACUCCAUUUCGGAGCCAGAUCGAAGCUGGAAGUGUAGCAAUUGCUUAACGACAACGGAGGAUAAAACGACUAAGCCCUCCAGUAGGCGAAAUGGAUCUAUUGUUAGUCGGGGCAGCAAGAACUCUGAGUUUUACCGGAUGAAGCUUGAGAAACUGGAAAAAGAGCACGAACUGAAGUUACAAAAGAUACAAGAAGAAGAAGAUUACAUCAAAAAGAAAUACGAAAUCCUGAAAAAAAUGGAAGAAGAAGAGGCUGGACCCUCCAGCAGAAGGAGCGACGUCAGUUCCACAAAGGUUCGAGAAAGAUUGCUAAACUGGCUGGCGGAUGACGGAACAGCAAAAACCCCUGUUACGGGAAAACCCAGUGACAGCGAUACAACUCUUCAAAAUGCCCCCCCUAGGGAAUCCUCUACACCGAAAGACAAAAACGCAGAAACGAUCCAUCGAGCGAUCCCAACGACAUUAAAAUCUGUCGCCAACAGGAAAAUACCCGACAAAGAGCCGCUUGUCCCUUUGAACCAGAACGGAGGAACUGUGCUUCAACAAAAUCCACCAGCAUCCACUUCGCUAAAUCAACAAAUCAAUUCCUUGACAACAGCGAUUAACACCUGUACGUUUUCUGGUGACCAAAUUCCCGGUGUUCAACAAGGAAAUCUGUCAGCUCCGGAUACUCUUCCCUAUGUAAAUCCCGUAAGCGCUGCAACUGAACGGGCGGAACCGACAACUUCCCAACUCGCUGCCAGGCAGGUUAUUAUUAAAGAACUACCCGUAUUUUCCGGUAACCCUGAAGAAUGGCCGUUAUUCUAUGCUGCCUUCCAAAACUCAACGAAGUAUUGCGGAUACAGUCACGCAGAGAAUCUCUCGCGCCUACAAAGGGCACUUUCGGGACAGGCUCUCGAAUCGGUUAGAAGUCGUCUAUAUAUCCCAGAAUCCGUUCCGAUCGUCAUAGAAAAGCUCAACAAGAUCUAUGGUAGACCCGUCCUGUUAAUCAACUCGCUCAUAAAUAGAAUGCGCAGCGUCCCCCCUCCGAGGGAAGAUGAUCUGGAUUCCAUAAUCUUCUUUGGUACGGCCGUACAGAACCUGGUGGAUCAUAUAAAAAUCUCCGAUCAACGCGAUCAUUUAAAAAAUCCUUCGCUUCUCCAAGAAAUUAUCAACAAACUACCUGUACAGAUGCAAAUGCAGUGGGGAACGUUCAAAUUCCCCUGGAAUCCCGUGGAAGUAGAUCUUGAAACUUUUAAUCAGUUUAUGACCAACCUGGUAGACAUUGCUUUGGAUUUGACAGUGAAAGUAGGAGCAGUAGCGCAACAGAAAAGUCAACGCUUUAAGCCACGAGAACGCUUAAACGCUCAUUAUCAAGCGGAGGAUGAUCGAGAAUCGCUGACUUAUAAUCCGAGAGGAAGUUGUAACUUUUGCAAGGGACACGACCAUUACAUUGCACAAUGCGAAAAUUUUAAAAGGCUGAAUCUCGACGGACGCUGGAAAACUAUUCGCACUCUAAAUCUCUGCUGGACCUGCUUAGUACCCCAUAAAAGAUGGCCCUGCCGGUCAAACCGAAUCUGUGGAGUUGAUGGGUGCAGGCAACGCCACCACGGGCUGCUACACAACUUUGGAGAAUCCGGAACGAUUGAUAGAGACCCCACGGCACAAAUGGACACCUCUGUAUCAACAGCACAUCAUAACCACCACUACGAAAAAUCAUUUUCAUUCUUUCGAUACUUACCAGUAACACUUUCCGCCAACGACAAGUUCAUAGAGAUAUUCGCGUUCUUGGAUGAUGGCUCCUCCACAACUCUUUUGGAGUCCGAUAUAGCAACGCAGCUCGGAGUAACGGGUACCCCAGAUAUUUUGACGCUUUUCUGGACAGCGAAAAUAGGUCGACAAGAAAAGGACUCACACCGAAUCAGUGUACAAAUUUCGGGAAUUGGGUCCACUAAUCGGUUUAAAAUAGAUGACGUUAGAACCGUUGAAAGACUUGAUCUCCCUAGCCAAUCUUUGAAUUAUAAAGUACUGUGUGAAUCUUUUCCUUACUUGAGAGGACUUCCCAUACAAAGCUAUCACGAUGCGCGCCCAAAAAUGAUUAUCGGCAUAGAGCACGCCAAACUACUGACUUCUCUGGAAACUCGUGAGGGCGGUGAUCAUGAACCCGUCGCUAUCAAGACACGACUGGGCUGGUGUACCUUCGGAAAAGGAAAUAAGUGUAAUGACAUUACAGAGAGUCUAAACUCACACAUCAGCUUCAAUAACAUUCGACUGCACGAUGUCAUGAAACAGUUUUUUCAAACCGAGGAAGCCAUCCCACCAGUAAACCUAGAUUCAGAAACUGAUAAAAGGGCAAGACAAAUACUAGAAGAAACUACCAAAUUCAUUGAUGGUAGAUACGAAACGGGACUCCUGUGGAGAGAAGAUCGUCCUAUAAAUCUACCUAAUAGCUUCCCUACGGCCCUGAAACGUCUCAUUAGUCUGGAGAAACGUCUAGCUGGAUUACCCGACUUAGCGCUUAAAGUCCAGGAUCUUUUAGACGUCUAUGAACGAAAAAAGUACGCUCAUCGACUCACACAAGCUGAAUUUAAUAAAACAGAUCCCAAAAAAACCUGGUAUCUGCCCCUUGGAGUAGUGACUAACACGAAAAAACCCAACAAAAUACGGUUGAUAUGGGACGCUGCGGCACGAACUGGAGGUACAAGUCUCAACGACCUUUUAUUGAAGGGACCCGAUCUAUUAAUUUCACUAAUGGGGGUUCUUUUGAGAUUCAGACAACGAAACAUCGCAGUUUGUGCUGAUCUCACCGAAAUGUUUCACCAGAUAAGAAUUCGGGAUGAAGAUAAACAUUUCCAACGUUUCUUAUGGAGAAAAAGCCCUGAAGAACCUAUCGGAACGUACGUGAUGGAUGUCGCCACUUUCGGUGCGUCGUGCUCACCUUGUAGCGCCCUCUUCAUUAAAAAUAAAAACGCUCUCGCCCACGCCUCAGAAUUCCCUGAAGCCUCGAAGUCUAUAGUGGACAACACCUACAUGGACGACUGGCUGGUAAGUGUCGAUACCGUCGAAGAAGCCGUUCGGCUGUCAGAAGAGGUCAAACGAAUACACGCAGCCGGAGGAUUCCAGCUCUCAAAGUUUAUAUCGAACGUUCCAGAGGUCCUAGAACGAUUAGGAGAGCUUAAUUCGCCUUUAGAUAAGAACCUUGACUUCGAUCAAGCAGAAAAUAUGGAACGAGUACUAGGGAUGAUUUGGAUACCAUCAGCGGACAUGUUUACCUUCAGCACCAUUGUGAAACCCUGCCUUCAGAGAAUCGCCGAUUGUGUGGACAUCCCAACUAAGCGACAAGUACUACAAGUAAUAAUGUCCGUAUUUGAUCCGCUAGGAUUAAUAUCUCACUACAUCAUACACGGGAAAGUGCUAAUGCAGGAAAUUUGGAGAUCCGGGUCUGACUGGGAUGAACAGAUUCCGCAAAAUCUACUUGACUCAUGGAAAAGGUGGAUAGGGCUUCUAGGUCACCUUCACAAAGUCCGAGUCCCACGAUGCAUCUUCUACAAUACCGACUCUCGAAUAAAUUACAAACUUCAGCUACACACUUUUGUGGACGCGAGCGAAGCCGCCUACUCUUGUGUGGUCUACAUUCGACUUGAAAACAAAAAUGACUGUAAAUGCAGACUUAUCUCAGCGAAAACAAAGGUGGCGCCGCUCAAACCGCUUUCCAUCCCGAGAUUAGAACUUCAGGCUGCCGCCCUCGGCGCAAGACAUCUCCAAACAGUCGCUACUUCGAUGACUCUUCCGAUAGAGAAAAGGGUGUUUUGGUCGGACUCAGCAACGGUGUUAGCCUGGAUACGGUCAGACAGCAGGCGAUUUCAUCAGUUCGUGACCUUCAGAGUCGGGGAAAUAUUGUCGAGCACAAAUGUAGAAGAAUGGAGACAUGUUCCAUCGGCGCUAAACGUUGCUGAUGAGGCCACCAAAUGGAAUAACGAGCCUUCCUUUGAUCCCGAUAGUCGAUGGUACCGAGGACCAACAUUCUUACUAGAAUUGGAAGAGCAGUGGCCAAGGGCAUCAGGUAAAUCUUUCACAACCGAGGAUGAGCUCAGAGCAGUUCACGUCCACGUUCACAACACAGACCCGCUUAUAGAUACUACUCGCUUUUCAACAUUCAAUCGUAUGCUGCGAACAACUUCCUACAUUGUUCGUGGUGCCGAUUCUUUCCGACAUCGGUUACCGCCCGGGACGGUAGAGAAAAUACUUCAACGCGAUGAGAUCCAGAAGGCUGAACGCGUUUUAUGGAAACAAGCACAGGCAGACGUCUUUUUCGCUGAGAUAGAUCUAUUGAACAGAGGAAAACCCAUUCCAGCUUCUAGCCAUAUUUACAAGUUAAAUCCCUUCACGGAUGAACAUUCGAUCAUACGGGUUGGGUCUCGAUUGAAUCUAGCCCCGAUCAGCUAUGAUGCUAAGUUCCCGGUACUGCUGCCUAAAGAGAAUCGGAUUACACAUCUGUUGAUUCUUCAUUUUCAUGUUAAAUUCCUGCAUGCAAAUAGAGAGACCGUCCUUAACGAAAUGAGACAACAAUAUUAUAUUCCUAACAUGCGCUCGAUCAUACGUAGAAUAGCAAACGCAUGUUUAUAUUGUAAAGUGAAACGAGCUAGCCCAAAACCUCCUAUUAUGGCACCUUUACCCCGUGUCAGGCUUACCCCACACAUUCGUCCUUUCUCAUAUAUAGGUGUGGACUACUUUGGCCCCAUUCAGGUGAAAGUAGGCAGAAGUCUAGCCAAGCGUUGGGUAUGCCUAUUUACCUGCCUUACAAUUCGUGCUAUUCACCUUGAAGUGGUUUAUACGUUAAGCACGCAAUCCUGCAUUAUGGCUUUCAGAAGGUUCAUUGCUAGAAGGGGAGCACCACAAGAGGUUUACUCUGAUAACGGCACCUGUUUUAAAGGGGCAAGCCGAGAGCUGGCAGAAGAAAGAAAACAAAGAACACUUAUUGAUGAAGCGUGCGCCUCUACGUUCACCAACGCUUCUACGGCCUGGUAUUUUAACCCCCCAGCCACACCCCACAUGGGUGGGGCCUGGGAACGUAUGGUGAAAUCAGUUAAAUUGGCACUCCAAGUACUAUCUGAACACGUGAGACACCCGAAUGAUGAGGCAUUCGAAACCAUACUAUUGGAAGCGGAAAGUAUUGUCAAUUCUCGGCCGUUGACGUACGUACCCCUCGAAUGUGACGAGCAAGAGGCAUUGACUCCCAACCACUUUUUGUUGUGCUGGUCCAAGGAAGUCCAACAACCACCUUCGGAGUUAAACAACUAUCGCAACUCCUUAAGAGAUAGUUGGAGCCUAACUAGGCACUUAGUCGAUGGAUUUUGGAGAAGGUGGAUAGUCGAAUAUUUACCAAUGCUCACGAGAAGAACAAAAUGGUUCGAACCCAUGAAACCCCUUGGAAGAGGCGACCUGGUGCUUGUCAUAAACGAGAAUGUCAGAAACGGCUAUGAACGUGGACGGAUCGAAAAGGUUGUAUUAGGUGCCGAUGGGCAAGUACGCAGAGCAUGGGUGAAGACAAGCAGCGGAACAUCACUGAAAGCAGCUACCAGACUAGCGGUCCUUGACGUCCUGGGAGUGCCCUCGGGAAAAGGGGUACUUCACGGGCAGGGGGAUGUUGCGGUAACCCGUGACGAACGAGUGAGAGUACCGUCCAUUCCCUCGGUCGGAAAUACGUCAUACGAAGUAAACAGGAUAGUGUCAUCUAAGUAG